CUCCAGAAUGAUAGGAUUCUAAGUUCCAAUUUCCUUCUAUUGGUAAUCUGACGGGCCAACUAUCAAGAUACGGUUGUGCUCGUACUGAUUCCAGCUCCAAGUGUCAGUCACCAAGAAUCGAUAAUUACUAUCACUGGGCAGCUUGAAAACAAGCCUCUUCGGACCUUAAGACGUAUCAACACGACUCAUCGCCCUACAAUAUGACACAGAAGUUUACUAAAAGAGUAGCUAUCAUUGGUGCCACCGGCACAGUGGGCAAGCACAUCGUCGCAUCGCUACUUAAGACGGGAAAACAUGAAGUGACAGCUGUCACCAGAGAGGACAGCACCUCGAAGAUCCCAGCUGGUGUGAGAGUCGCAAAAGUCAAUUAUGACGAUCCCACAACCUUGGUCGACGCGCUCAGAGACCAAGAUGUCCUCGUCAUCACCCUGGCUGUCACGGCACCACAGGAUACACAGGGCAAGUUAUUGCAGGCGGCGGCUGAAGCAGGAGUACCGUUCGUAUUGCCAAACUUCUGGGGUGUUGACGACGCCGAUGAGAACCUCGGAAGCGACGUCCUUCUCGGCCUCGCCCAGCGUGCCGCUAGGAAGCAGAUCGAGGGCUCUGGCAGAAGUGCCUGGAUCGGCAUGGUCACGAGCUUCUGGUACGAGAUAAGCCUCUGUGCCCCUUGGGGAUUUGGCAUGGACUACAAGAAUCGGAAGUGGACUUUCUACGAUGACGGCGAGACAAAGAUCAAUGUCAUUACACUACCCCAGAGCGGCAAGGCAGUUGCAAAUCUCCUUUCGUUGCCCCUCGAAGCCUCAUCCGGUACCAGCUUGUCCCAGUAUAGAAAUAAACUCAUCUACACGGCAUCCUUUUGUAUCAGCCAAAAAGAUAUGUUCGACUCCGUUCUGCGCGUCACUGGCACAAAGCUGGAGGAUUGGACGGUCGAUUACGAAGACUCAACCAAGCGAUUCGCCGAAGGUAAAAAGCAGUUCGAAGGGGGUGAUCUGGCUGGGUUUGGCAAGCUAUUAUAUUCGCGAGCCUUCUUCAAAGAUGGCUCAGGCAACUACGAAGCGAAGAGAGGCCUUGACAAUGAGGCACUAGGAUUGGAAGAGGAAAGUCUUGAUGAUUUCACAAAGUUAGCCAUACAGAGGAUCGAUUCGGGUGCUACUUAUCCAUGAUUCCGAUUUGGACUGCCUUGAGAUAAAUUUUGUAUCAUCUCGGCAGUAU